CCCCCUCCCGGCGGCGAGGGAGGGACGGACGGAGCUGGGGAGAACCGGGCGAAGGCGAUGGGGGGACAGGAGAGAAGAGGGGGGAAGCGAUGGGGGGGACCCGGGGAAAGGUGGCGAAGCGAUGGGGAGAACCGGGGAGAAGAGCGGGGAAGUGAUGGGAAGAACCGGGAAGAAGCUCGCGCCCGGAAGCGGCAGGGGUACCUGCGGGGCGGCAUGAGCCGGCGAGGCAGCCCCGGGGUCCUUGCCCGGUGGGGCGGGGGAGGAAGGGACAUGGCGGUAGGAACCUCCAUCCGGAAGAUCAGUGAGCUUUCCACCUUCGGUUUUGUUUUAAAUUGAACCUGGCAGAGGGAGUCGCCUGAAGCGCCCUCGGGGGUCGUUCUGCCUCUGAGCUGUAGGACGGGGCCGGGCGUCCCCUCCUAAGCGUGGGUACAGCGCGAUCACUUCCUAAGUGCCCCCCGCCCCCCAACUCCGCUGCACGCCACCCCCUAGAAUGUCGAGGAAGAAACGGCUGGGUCCCCGCGCGCCUCCUGUCGCCUCGUGCCCCGCGCGGCGUGGGCGGGGUCCCGGCUGCUGCAAUGCGGGACGCGGCGGGGGUGCGCGGGGUUCCCGCCUGGCGUCUCCAGGGCGGUCCGGCAGCCCCUCGCGUUUCCGCUGGGAGAUUUUUAAAAAGGGUUUCCUGCGCUCGCAUGUGCUGUCGCCUUCCGGCUCGUGACAAAAACGAAAACCAAAAUGGGUCCCAGGCCCUCCCCGCCAGCCUCCGCAGACGGGAAGGAUCGGGAAGCGGGGACUCCGGAAUGUCAGCGGCGCCGCGGCGCGGGCUCCGGGCUUCCCUGCCCUGCAAUGUGGAAGCUGCUCUCUAGGAGGGGCCCGAGGCUGGGCCCACGGACGCGGGCGCGCCGGGAGGAUAUUUAAUAUUGAAGAGCGGAAGGUGGCGGAGACUCGGCGCGCCCCAGGCCCCGGGUGCACGUGGGGGCGCCGGUGCCCGGACGAUGGAGUGUCCCGAUCCGUCCAAUCCCUGGCGGGUAGAUCGGCGCUUCCCAGGCGAACGCAACCUGGGAGCCUUAGCGAUCGCGCAGGCUGGAGACGCGGCGCGCCCCGAGCUGGGUUUUGAUUUUUGUUUUCCCGGUUCCUCCUGCCGCAGAUGCGUGGAAAGGCCCGGAUGGCGGAUUUCCUCCCGUUUCGGGACCGCGCACUGCACAGGGAUGAAGCGGGGAUGCACCCCCCGCCCACGGCGCGGGUGACCUUCCCUUCGCCCUUGAGCGCGCGGAGCGGGCGCGGGUGCCGCAGGUUGAGGCGCUGUGGGCGCCGCCCCGCCCGCCGCGAGCGCCUACGUGAUGCCCGGCCCGUCGUCUCCACGUGCCCCGGCCCCGACACCCGUGCGCCGCGCGCUCCCCAGGCCCGCAGCGCAGCCUCCCCAGGCCCAGCGCCCCCCGCGGGAGACCCGGGUGGCAGCGCCAGGCCCCGCCCCGCAGCCCGCCCUGCAGCGCCCCUGGGAAGUGCUCUGGCGCUAGCAUUCCAGUAAAAGGACCCCAGCAUCAACGUUCCUCCUGCAGGGCUGGGUUCUCAGAGAAAGAAAACGUGAUGCAGCAGAGGAUGGGACUGAAGAAACAGGAGAGUGAAGUGGAAAUAGCCUGGCCCGCGUGACUUAAACCGGCCCGGAGGUGUGCGG